GUCGAAACCGAGCCAUCCCAGCCUGCGCUGCCGGAAGCAACGUUGCAGCCCAACAACCUUUCACAUGUCAGACCAAUGCGACGGACCCACCCGUGACAUCACAAGUCGUAAUAUGCGAAACACAACAUCCGAAGCUGCACGUUUCCGCAAGGCUCCACGUGAAAAGUUGAACGUCAUGCAAGAUAUCGAGCUCAUGCAUAUCAAGAUGCUGCAGCCAAUUCUCCCAUCUACGUCUCUCCAUCCCCCAUCUCUCAGAAAGUAAUUGAGCCACCCGCUACGAUGGGCUACUUUAUGAGUUACAUCAGCUAUUUUCUCACUCACCCUGUCCUCUUCAUCUACGAGGUCAUACAAUAUGUGCUCGACUUUGUACUCUCGCCAACACCGCCGCCACCACAUCCGAACCUCGUGCGCCCUAAGAUUGCCGUCAUUGGCGCAGGCCUAACAGGAGUUUCUGCUGCAUCGCACAUUGUCGGUCAUGGCUUCGACUGUCGCAUCUUCGAAGCCGGAUCAAAGAAGAAUCUCGGAGGGAUUUGGAGCCGGGUGAACAACACGUCUGGUCUUCAAAUCCAUUCGCUCAUGUAUCGGUUUCACCCGUCCGUGCAUUGGAGCAAAGGAUAUCCGGAUCGCCAGCAGAUUGUUUCACAGAUCAGAUCGCUUUGGGAAAGAUAUGGUCUUGAGAGUAAGACGGAGUUCAACAUGCGUGUUGGAAAGGUGUACAAAGAUCCCCACGGGCGAUGGAUAAUCAACGACCCCUCUCACGGACGAUUCGACGGCGUCAUUGCUGCAAUCGGCACCUGUGGUGAUCCCAAGAUGCCAACGCUUCCCGGCCAAGAGCACUUCAAAGGCGAAAUCUGGCACAGUUCGCAACUCGACGGUAAAGUUGCCGAAGGAAAGAAGGUUGCCAUCAUAGGCGGUGGAGCCUCCGCCGUCGAAGCCCUGGAAUUCGUCGCCAGUGCAGAAGCAGAACACGCCAACGUACUGGCUCGAUCUGAAAAAUGGAUUAUCCCGAGAAACCCUUUUAUCGACAGUCUUCUCGCUCUCAAUAUCUUCGGAAUGGAGACCAUAUUCAGUUGGAUCCCGGAAUACAUCCUCCGUCUCUUCUUCUAUCGCGAUCUCUACGACAUCUCGCCAGCACCCAACAGCGGAAAGGGCCUUCUCACCGAAACACCAAUGGUAAACGAUUCAGUCCUCGACCUCAUCCGCUCAGGUGAAGCAUCAUGGCUCCGCGGCGACAUCAUGGGCUACGACGAGUCUGGCACGGGCAUCAAAUUUAACAAGCGCGCCCAAGGUGUCCCCAAGAAUGGCCCUGGCUCUGAGAAGCUGAUCGAAGCCGACAUCGUCAUCAUGGCGACUGGUUAUAAGCGUCCAAGCCUAGGCUUCCUUCCAGACGAGGUCUUCAACGAGCCAUACGAACCACCGAACUGGUACCUCCAAGUCUUCCCACCGGAACACCCUUCCAUUUGCGCAAACAACUGUACCUAUGUCAACGCGAUCGGAACGGUCGGCAACUACCAUAUUGGCAUCUACACGCGCUUCCUACUCAUGUACCUCGUGGACCCCCUCGCUCGCCCGCGUACUUGGUGGAUGAAGCGCUGGAUCGACAUGACGCGGUUCAUCAAAACCAAGGCUCCUGGCGGCGCUUUCGACUUCUUCACGUACUCUGAACUUAUCUACUGGUUCUUAUUCACCAUCGCAAUCAAUCCGUUCAGGUGGAAGUGGGCGGCUUUUGUGUUGUGUGGUAUUGGCAAGGGACUGCCGUUGAGCGUGGUGGAGCAGGAAGACAGGGCGAGGGAUGGCCUGGGUAUGAGGCAUAUCUUGAGCAAUCAUGAUAACGGGGAGGACUAGAAAUGUAUCGAAGAGCGAUGCAACCGCAGAUAUUGGAUCCGAGAGGUUCUUCUCCUCGACAUAUACGCUCAGGAGAUUGUAAUCAUCGUGCGCAAUAUGGUUUGAUUUGCACCGCUGUCUUGCCGGACGUCUGAUUGCUUCGUUCGUGGUGGUGAUGUCAACCUGACUCCACGGGUCGCAUCAAGGCUCUGCUGUAUCCCUUCUCUUGCAGCAUCUAGAACAUUAUCCAAGCAAACUUUCGGCAUCCAAGGGUGGGAGUGACGUGAUCCCAUGGACCCUUACAUCCGCUCCCCAGCUUCUUCAAAUCCACAUACGAUGCAAUCUCUCAACACAAGAUCACAUGAUCUAGGUCCGCAAGAACGAAGAGCGUGCAAUGCCAGUUGUCUGA